CUGAGUGAGUGAGUGGCUGGCCGAGUGACCGAGUGACCGACUGAGUGCCACCUGCCACGCGACAUCCAACCACCGCAGCCCAGGGAUCGCUUCUCGCGCCAACCUCCUACGCGGGGUGAGGGUUGCUGCUUUCCCCGCUCUGGGGUGGGGGGGUCGCACAUGACCGCAGCAGCAGCAUGGCGGCCGAAAUCGAGCCGCCGCGAGCGCAGGUUCGGAAGCCGUGUUUGCUGAGCAAGAUCGACUCCUGCGGGGACGUGGUGAGCGCCGCCGUCAUCAUCCCCAAGGAAGACGGCGUCAUCAGCGUGUCUGAAGACAGGACAAUUCGGGUUUGGAUGAAGCGGGACAGUGGCCAGUACUGGCCCAGUGUCUACCACACUAUGCCAUCCUUGUGCUCCUGUAUGACCUUCAACCCAGAGACCAGACGUCUGCUGGUGGGCAUGGACAUCGGAAGUGUUUGUGAGUUCAUCUUGUCUGAGGAUUACAAUAAGAUGACUCCCACGCACACCUACCAGGCACACCAGGGCAGAGUGACGGUGGUGUUGUUUGUUCUGGAGAUGGAGUGGCUGCUGAGCACCGGCCAGGACAAGACCUUCAUCUGGCAUUGCUCGGAGAGCGGACAGCAGCUGGGAUCAUACCACACCCCAGCCUGGGUGUCUGGACUGCAAUUUGAUGUUGAGACUCGACACGCCUUUGUCGGCGAUCAGUCGGGUCAGGUGACCAUCCUGAAGCUGGAGCAGGACAGCUGCAGCCUGGUGACCACCUUCAAGGGCCACACGGGUAACGUGACUGCGCUGUGCUGGGACCCCAUCCAGAGGGUUCUGUUCUCGGGCAGCUCCGACCACUCCAUCAUUAUGUGGGACAUAGGCGGACGCAAAGGCACCGCCAUCGAACUGCAAGGACACAACGACAAGGUGCAGGGCCUGUGUUACGCCUCGCACACUCGCCAGCUCAUCUCCUGUAGCUCUGAUGGCAGCAUUGUCAUCUGGAACAUGGACGUGACACGACAAGAGACCCCAGAGUGGCUUGACAGUGACUCGUGUCAAAAGUGCGAGCAGCCUUUCUUUUGGAACUUCAAGCAGAUGUGGGACAGCAAGAAGAUCGGGCUACGGCAGCAUCACUGCAGGAAGUGUGGCCAGGCUCUGUGCGGCAAGUGCUCGUCCAAGCGCUCCACCAUCCCACUCAUGGGAUUUGAGUUUGAGGUGCGCAUGUGCGACGGCUGCUACGCCUCCAUCACAGACGAAGAUCGCGCCCCCACGGCAACCUUCCAUGACAGCAAGCACGCCAUUGUGUACUUGCACUAUGAGCCUACCACCGGAUGUCUUCUCACCUCCGGCACUGACAAGGUGGUCAAGCUUUGGGACAUGACGCCCGUGGUAUCAUGAAGUCACCCCUACAGCCAGGAAAAGGUUUGCACGCCAACGGCAGAAUGGCAGCCGUCACCCUCGAGCAGGACGAGAAGGGAGGUGGAGGCCAUUUUUUGAUAGUGGCUGUUCACGGGUGCGGGUUUGUAAGCUCCACACAAUAGGUGUGUACAGUUUGUGAUUAUUUAUUAUUUAAGUGGUGUGUCAAUCUAAUAACAGCAUAAAACACACACUCAUGAAUCAGCUGCAGCUCUAAUCUGAUGUCAAUGUUACUGUUUGAUUGUGUCAAAACUGUAUGUUAAUUUCACUGGAAUACUGUCCAAAGAUGGGAAAAUAUAUUUUAUUUUUCAGAAGACAUCUUUCAAAAACAAUAGUCUUCUUGAAAUGAGCCACAAGGAACAUAUAAGCCGCAUUCAACAAACCCAAGUUAAUUUUCCUCCCUAAAACAGUCAAGGGGACCAAAAUAAAGCUUAAAGUUGCAGGGACUUUCAUUAGUUGUUGGUACUUUGUAGUUCCAAAAACUAAAAGGUUUCAGUAGCUGUGAAGAUCCUCAAAGAGGGUCCUAGAUGUCUCGAAAGUACGACUAAGCUGUCGUCCUAGUUUAUUCCUGGCAAGGAAGAAGAGAAAUUCUUACAAACUGGACAGCUUCUAUCCUUAUACUAAAACAUAAAGUAGCCUUGUGAAAAAGCAAAAACAUAGUUACUUAGUGUACAAGAAUAAUAACCAUGGUUCAUAAGCUACAAGACAAAUAUAUAAUCUGAUGUGAAUUUUUAUUGAUCUCCCAGAACGAAUUUCUUCAAAAGUUCCUAGUUCCGCGGUUAAGUUUCCUGCCGUUGAAAUGCUAUGUAAGCAACUACCUGUUGAAGCACCAGCAGCAGUGAUAGGGUAGCCAAAGUAAGGAAGCUGGUUCAUAGACCUCUCAAAAGUACUUAGUCCCCCACUCCCAUCCCCCUCAGCAGGGUCUUCUUUUGGCUUCCCAAAUUCAUGACAUUAAAUAAAGGGUUAUGAGUAAAGUGGAAGGGCAACAAAACGAAGGGACAGUGUGGUGUGCUGAUUGGUUGGAAUGAGCUGCUAUCAUUUCAUGUAAGUCUUAAUAUGCGAAUAUAUAACUCAACUUGCAUUAUGACACGGGACUUUCAUAAGAGGGUGACUGAAAAUGUGAAAAAAAUGUUUUGAAUAUGAGGCCAUUGAUUUUUUUUUUUUGGAGGGGUGAACUUGUUUGAAGAACUGUGAUCAUAUGUGAACAAUAUAUUAAAGGAGCACAUAAAGACCCUCCUCAAGAA